AUGGAUGCUGAGGUGGCUGCUUUGCUGUUACUGGACAACAAUACCGAGGCACUCUUUGUCUGCAAUUGUCCAGUCUUGGAAGAUUCAGAUGCCAUUGAUUUACCAAUGCCUGAACCCAGUGAUUUUGAUCAGGACACCACAAGAUCACAGCAGAGAAUGACCAUUAAUAAGCUGCUUGCAACUGUAGGACCUGACACUACUUCUGGACUGCCUCGAAUGAGACUGACCGUCUCACGAAACGAAAUACUUACUGAUGCAAUCGCCUUCUUUAAGGGAGGUGAUUUCCACUACAACCGUGAACUACGGGUUAGAUUUGAGGCUGAGCCUGCUGUAGAUGGCGGAGGACCUAAGCGUGAAUUUUUUUCGCUGCUUUUAAAGAGUCUUGUUAGUCCAACAGAAAGUGUUCGACUCUUUGAAGGACGUCCUGGCCGAUAUCAGCCUAUGCAUAAUAUGGAUGCCCUGAUGGAAGGACUCUACAAAGUAGCAGGACAAAUGAUUGCAGCUUCUGCAUUGCAAGGAGGGCCUGGAUUUCCUUGCUUGGCCCCAGCCAUUUAUACAUAUAUGGCAACAAUGUCUUUAGACAGCGUCAUAGAUGAGAUCUCUCCACUGGAUCUUCCAGAUCCAAAUUUGGCCGACACAGUAGAAAAGAUCAGUGAAAUGAAUGAUGACAACAGCCCUGAAUUUCAAAGCCUUGUCGCAAGCCUAGGGGAAUUCAUCAUAGCUGCUGGAUAUACUCACAAAGUGACUGCAACUAACAAAGCUGACAUGGUGUUGAAAAUCCUUCUGCAUGAAAUUGUGUUAUCCAGAAAAGCAGAGUUAGAUCAACUAUCUGUCGGUCUUGGCCCUCUAAUGGAUCUUGCCAGACGGCAUCCUGACAAAAUUAGACCUCUGCUUACUGCUUCAGCAAGCACGCCAUUAACAAGUGGACUGUUCCUGAAUCUAGUGACCUAUGAGUCAACACUCCCGCCAAAAUUAAAAGACUAUUUUGUGCACUAUGUCCACCAUUCAGAAAGCACAAACCUGAGGACAAUGCUGCAGUUCUGCACAGGUUGCAACGAGAUUCCAGUGACGGGAUUCCAUGAACCAUCAACAAUCACAGUGUCCAGCACAAGAUCUGUGUUUCCGAAUGCAGUGACGUGUGCUAUGAUUUUAGAGUUGCCUAGACAAGUUGACAACCAAGACGAGUUUACGGCAAAUAUGAAUGCUGUUUUAGAUAUGCUGGCAACUGGCUUUGGAGUAGUCUAG